AUGUUCGGGUUCCGCACGUGCGCGCUCGGGAACGUACGCCUCGUGUAUCUGCCGCCGAACAUGACUUGCUUCACCCAGCCCCUUGACCAGGGGCUCAUCUCCAUGGCGAAGGCGCGGUACCGCCAGCACAGGCUUCGCGCAUUCACCAGCAUGUGGUGUGCCGACGGCGCAACAACCGCGGCCGCGCGUUUCAAGCCGAAUUUGCGGCUCGUGCUGGAGUGGCUCAGCGAUGCGUGGAUGAACAUUGGGCCCCGAGCCAUCCAGCGCUGCUGGUGGCACACGGGAUGUCUGCCGCGUGUGUGGGCCUUGUCUCUCCCGCAUGUGGAGGUCGGCGACAGCAACAACGGCGGCGCAGUCGGCGACGGGGGGAAUGCGGCCGACAUCAGCCUCGACAAGGAGGUCAACGAUGUUGGCCUCCUCAUUGACCGCCUCUGCCUCGGGCCUAGCGCAAUGGCCGCCGACGAUUUCGUCGGCAUCGAUGACAACCAGCCCACCUACGCGGAACCAGGCGAGGACCCGCUUGCGAGGGAGCCGGCGACAUCAGCGGCAGCCGAAAUGUGGGAGGCGCGUGCUAAUAUGCAGGCUGUCUACGACGACAGCAACCCCGCAUCUCGGGAGGCACGGCGCACUGCGCGCGCGGCCUGCGAGAUGUUGAUUAAUUACGCGCGCGCGACUUGCAUCACCCCGCGCGACCUGUGCGCUCUCUUCAAUAUCCGCAAUCCAAUCAUUAUUGUGCGGAUGGAGCGCGCAAGCCCGCCGCUUGACCUCAACCACGCCCCACCCCCCGCCGUGACUCAUGCCGACACCCCGCCGCCUGAGACUCCUCGUCGCCGCGGUCGGGUGCUUCCGGCGUGGAUGCAUGUGCCCACCCCUUACUGGGUGGCGCAGUCGGCCCGCCGCCAGGAUCUCAUCGAUGCCGGUGCACCUGCCGUCAUGAGCAGUUACCUGGCCGCCGCAGAGCGGCGCAGAUUCAGAGGCUACAGGCACCCGCGGAGGGGGAAGGGGCGGAAGCAGGUGGGGGGAAAGAAGUGGGCGCACCAGAGAGUGGGGGAGGAGGGGCAGGUUUGGGGAAUGGUGUUGCUGGGAAGAAAAAGGGGAGUGCAGGCGAAGAAACUCCUGCAUUGGUUAAGCACGGGGAGGGAGGAGGAGGAGGAGGAGGAGGAGGAGGAGGAGGAGGAGGAGGAGGAGGAGGAGGAGGAGGAGGAGGAGGAGGAAGGGGGGGGGGGGGGGGGAGGAGGAGGGGGAGGAGAAGGAGGGACAGCAGGAGAUGGAACACCCAUGAGAUCACCCCCCAACCAAUCAGAAGUCACUAUCAUGGCUCUUUGCCGAUUGGUCGUCCGUGCUGCCGUGAAAUCAAGUCUCUCGCUCCCUUUGAUCGAAAAAGAUUUUCCCUUUAUGCAUCAGAUGCCUCUGCUGCAGCUGCUCGUGCUGCUGGACGAUCCGAGCCGUCGCAUCGUCCGGCAGUGCAAUCUGCACCGUUGGUUCUUACGCGCUUGUUUGGACUGCCCGGGCGGUGGUGCAAAAGUUUUGGGUGGCGAAAGAGGAGAGGGAGAGUCAGGUGGCUUGAAAGGGGGAAUUGGGGGAGGUGAUACAGGCGGGAGGUAUGGUGCUGGGGGGUUGGGAGGGGUGGGAAUGGGUGGAGGUGGAUUGGGAAGAGGAGGACAGGGGGGUUGGGGAGGAGGAAUAGGAAAUGGGGGAGCGAGAGGGUUUGCUUCUGGGAACGCUGCUGGUGGUGGUGUGGGUGGUGUGGGGGGGGGUAUGGGUUUUGGUGCGAAUGGGGGUAUGGGUGGAGUGGGGGGAAUGGGGGGUACGAAGAAUUCAGGGGCGAAUGGGAAGAGUAGUGUGGAUGGGGAUGGGAAGGAGGGGGCUGCCGUGCCAGGGGCAGGGGCAGAGGCAGGGGCAGGGGCAGUGGAAAGGGAAGGGCCAGGUGAGGAAGCAGUUGGGGUUGAAAUGGAAGGAGAGGAAUGCACAACGACAGAUAUGAAAGUCCAAUCUUCUGGUUCUCCUCCUCCUCUUGCUGCAACCGGCGCCACUGCUGCUCCUGCUGCUCCUUCUGAUGCUGCUGCUGCUGCUGCUGCCAGUCUUCCUCACGUCCCUUCCACUCCCGAGGUUGUCCCUGCGUUGCCUCCCCGGUUGCAGCAGCUGGUGUGGUUCGACCUGGGGGAGUAUCAGUUUGCAAGGGGGGAUAUUUGGGAGGCAGCCCGGUUGUUUGCCGCGUGCGAGGCUGGAGCGAGGAAGGAGGGUGAGAGGGAGCGGGUAGGGGAGGGGGAGGGGCAUGGGGAUGGGGAUGGGGAUGGGGAUGUGCAUGGGAAGGGGGAAGGGGGCCGGUUGGAAAGGGAAGAGGGCGAGGGUGAGGGGGAAAUGAAGGGUUUGGGAAAGGGUGAUGGGGAUGGGGAUGGGGAGGAGGCGAUGGGAAUGGAGGGAGAGGAUGUUGUGAAGGCGAGUUAUUGUGAGGCGUCUCAGGAGAGGAAGAUGAGAAGGAAAGACGAGAAAGCGGAGGAGGAUUUGGAGAUGAAAGAGGGGGAGAGCGAGGGGGAGGGAGAGGGGGAGGGAGAGGGGGAGAGGGGGGGAGAAGGGGAGUCAGCAAAGGGGCAGAGUUCUGUAAGAGUGGCUAGUACAGGAGGCAAAGUGGAGGCAGAAGGAGUAGAGGCAGGGGUGGGAGUGGUAAGUGCUGAGUGUAAGCGCGGAGAAGGAGGGUUGGAUGUUGGUGCAGGAGAUGGGCUGGGGCUUGUAGAAAGCGGGGGAAAAGGAGGAGAGGGAGGAGAAGGAGAAGGAGGAAAAAGGGGGGAGAGGGUAGGGCUUGUGAGUGUGGAGGAAGAGAGUGAAGGCGAGAUUGUGAGGGAGCGGUUGCUAGGUUUUCUGGCAGCUUGUGAGGUUAUGCUUCCUGCUUCUGUUGUGAGAUGGAGGAGGGAAGAGAAGGGAGGGAAUGGGAAGGCGACGGGGAUGGGGGAAAUGAACAGAGGGGAGGGUGCAGAGAGGGGGAUGGGCAGGGGAAAGGGAAACGGAAAGGAUGAGAGAGAGGAGAAGGGAGAAAGGGAGGAAGAGGGAGAGGGGAAGGGAGAGGGGGAGGCAGGGGAGGAGGAUGUGGGAUUUGCUCUGCCCUUGAAUGCUGCUGCUCAAUGUGAGCUGCUGAGGAAGCAGAUUUGUGAAGCAGCUGCUGCUCGGGCUACUCGUGCUGCUGCCGCUGGUGGUGCUGGCGCUGCUGCUGCUGCUGCUGCUGCUGCUGCUGCUGCUGCUACUGCUGCUGCUGGUGCUGGUGCUGGCACUGCCGCUGCUUCAGCAGAAGCUAGAGAAGAUAAAGCAAGUGGGGGUGUUGGGAUAGACGAGCAGGUGCAGCAGAGGAAACGCAAGAGACAGAGAGGUGGCUCUGAUUGGAAUGAAGGAGCACGCUCAAAGGAAGACACCACAGGGGGACAGGGGCAGGACGAGCAGCAGCAGCAGCAGCAGCAGCAGCAGCAGCAGCAGCAGCAGCAGCAGCAGCAGCAGCAGCAGCAGGAGGAGGAGGAGGAGGAGGAGGGGGAAGGGGAGGGGGAAAAGAGGAAGCAGGAGGAGGCAGAUGAAGAGGGGAAGAGAAAGGAGAAGCGGCAGAAGCACGGUGAGCGUUUAAUCCCAAUUGAACAGCAAGGAGAAGAGGCUGGGGGCGGUAGGCACGAUGAUGGGGAAAACGGUGGUGAGAGUGAUGAUCUGGGGGGAGGAGGUGCAUGGGAGCUGGAACAAGAAAAGGGGGAAAAGGAUGACGAGGAAAACGAAGCAUGGGAAUGUGGACAGGAGCAGGAGCAGGGGAAGGGGAAGGGGGAGCAGGAGCAGAAGCAGGGAAGGGGACAGGAGCAGGAACAGGAGCAGAGGGACGAAGAGAAGCAGGAGCAGCUACAAGUAGUUUCGCCAAGAGAAGGAGGCAGAGUUUCACCAGGCCUUCUCCCUGCCACUGCUCUCCUGAAUCUGUUGAUUCAAGACAUUCUGUGGCAGAAGCUGCCCGAAGGUUACCGGGCAGCGCUUGAAAAGGAUUUUUCUCUGCCCGAAGCCGUCCGUGGGAGAAUUUUCGCCGCGAAUUUGGUUCACCGGGUUGUUGCUGGCCGGCAGCCCGUGGAAACUUUUCUCGAGUGCUGGCUGGAGAAUGAUAUUCCAGGGCAGUUCGGGCAGAAAAAUACCCACCGGAGGGGGUUGCCAAAGAAUGUCCUUGUUGUUUUGAUCAAGUUGGUUGAUUUCUUGGUGAGAAAGCUUGAGGGAAACCCUUCUGGGAGUGUGGAAACAUGUGAAGCAGGCAAUGGCGUGCCAAGGAGGGGAAGUGACAGGGGCAGAGAGAGGGGCAGAGUUGAGGACUCGAUGGCGGUGGAAGCAGAAAGAGCAGUGGUGAUAGCAGAGAGAGCAGCGGCGCUCGCAGUGUUUGUGAGCUGUCUGGUGGGCGAAGCAUGGGCAUGGGGCCUUGCUGGGCGAGUCAGGGGGCUGUUGAGGCGGAUAGAGGAGGUGUGGAGGGGCGGGUGUGGUGGGAUGGGUGAUGUGGAAAGCGGGGAGGGCAGAGAGGGCAGGGAGGGAAGAGAGGGGGCUGAGGAGGAUUGGGAGGGCGGAGAGGAUGAGGGUGAUUGGGCUGUUGGUGGCAGUGUGAUAGGGGAGGAGGACGAGGAGGAGAAAGAGGCGGAAGAGGAGGAAGAAGAAGAGGAAGUAGAGGAAGGAUGGGCGGAGGAAGGAAAGAGGUCCACGUGGAGAGGCAUGGGAGAGCAGAUGACUGUAAGGAGACGUGUGGCAGGGAGGGGCAUGCAAACUGAGGCACGGGAUAGGUUGAUAGUGAGGGGUCGAAACGGGAGGUCCUUUGCGGGUCUCGAUCUCCCUGCGUUGGCUGUGGAAAUGGGUGCUUCUGGGUCUCCUGCAGAACUGGAAAGGUUGGUUGCAGUGAUGCUGCUGCAACGUGGUGAGGGUGAGGCUGUGCAGAGGGCACAACAACAGCAGCAGCAGCAGCAGCAGCAGCAGCUGGUGGGGUUACUGGAGCGGAUGGGGAAGGGGCUGCUGAGGGCAUGGAUAGUGGCGGGGGAGAGAGAGGGAGGAGGGAUCUGGCGAGAGUGUGGCUCGGAUGGAGGCUUGGAUGGAGACUUGGGGGUGGGGCAGAGAGGAAGCACGGAGGCGGGGAGUGCAGGGAAGGGGAUGGAAAAGCCGGUGUAA